AGAAAACUGCGACUGCUUUGCAUUUGUUUAUUUUUUUGUAGGUCAUUGUUGUUUUUAUAUUCCACAGUGCAGACCCGAAAAUUCAAGGACGUACCGGAGUUUUUCGUCCUCCGCGCACAACGUAAAACGCCAUAGCAGAACAACGCAAUGGUGCUUGUAUUAGUAGUUGGAGACACCUGGGUUCCGCAGCGCUCCUGCGGCGUCCCGGAAGUGUUUCGGAAAAUGUUCGUGCCUGGGCGGAUCCACAAAAUUCUCAUCACCGGCAGCGUCGGCUGCAAGGAGAUGUACGAUUACUUAAGAACUAUUGCGGCAGAAGUCCACUGUACUGCUAGUGAGGUAGAUCGACAGUGGACCGAGAGUUUCCCUGAGUCGGCCGUCGUGGCAGUGGAGGGUGUCAAGAUUGGCCUCAUCCACGGGCAUCAGGUGGUGCCCGUCGGCGACAAGGACUCCCUGGCGGCCCUGCAACGGGAGAUGGAUGUGGACGUUUUGGUCUCUGGUGGGACGCAUCACUCGAAGUAUUUUGAGUUUGACUCGCGCCUCUUCGUUAAUCCUGGAUCGCUCAGCGGCGCCGAUGACGCCGUCGGGGCCGACGUUCCACCGUCCUUCAUGCUGCUGGAUGUGCAAGACAAAUCCGUUGUUACCUUCAUCUAUCAAUACCAGCCUGAGAACACAGAUGAUGAGGCGGCGCACACGGACGACGGCGCAGCCGGCACGCCGUCUGGGCUCAAGAUCAAGAAGAAGGAAUGGGUGAAGGAAUACUAG